GGGGAUCGGGGACUGUGGCCAUGAUGGGAAACUGGGGCACCAUCAUGUUUGUGGUGACCGUGACCCCCAUGUGCUGGGUCAUGAACACCAGGGGACUGCGGGUGGGGGUCCUCCUCUGUGGGGGUCUGGUGGCAGCCGGGACGGUCAUCAGAGUCCUCCCCUUGCUAGUCUCCACCAAUGUCACGUUUUUUACUGCCAUGUGCCACAUCUGUGCUAUCCUGGUCGGCACUGCUGGCACUCUGGUCCUGGCGGCGCCCCCAUGAUAGCUGCCGUGUGGUUCCCCCCAAGGAGCGCACCACUGCCACAGCCUUCGCCCAGAUGAUGAACAUGCUGGGCAACGGCGGCAGCUACCUGGAGCCCCUGAUGGUGCAGGAGCCGUCCUCACCCCAGCCUGACGCAGAGGAGGUGGAUGAGAUACAGCACGACAUCAAGAGGCUGGUGUACAUCUGGGCUGGUGUGGGUGUGGCGUUGAUGGUGGUCCUGGUGGCUUACUUUCCUGCCAAGCCCCCGUCCCCCCAUCCCUCACGUCACAUGUGGAAAGGCUGGACUUCUGGGAGAGUGUCAAGAUGAUGUGUCGGAACAAGGACCUGCUGCUACUGGUGAUGUCCUAUGGGGUAUCUGUGGGCAUCCCUGCGGCCUGGCUCAGCGUCCUCAACUUCUCCCUCUACGACCUGGGGCUGUCACAGGAUGAGGCAAUGUGGGUGGGUGUGGCGGGGGUGCUGGUGAGCUGCGGGGCUACCAUGGUGGUGGGACGGCUCACUGACCUCAUCUACGGCCACAUUAAGCUGUCCCUCAUCCUCACCUCUGCCCUCACCAUCUUCUUCUUCUACUGGUUCUUCCUGCUCUCCUGCCGGGCCAUUCCUGUGUCCACCUGGCAGAUCUAUGUGACAGUGACAGGCGGUAUUGCUCUCAACUUCGCAAUGAGUCCGUUGUUCUUCGAGCUGGCUGUGGAGAGCGCCUACCCCUGCUCUGAGGUGAUGGUGGGGGGUGCUCACUGCCUUCAACAACCUGGUGGGCCUCUGCUUCCUCUUCCUGUUCCUGGUGCCCUUCCCAAACUACCAGUGGGUAACAUACGUGCUGUUGUCUGGGAUGGCGGCUUCUCUCAUCCCUCUGUCAUUCGCUCGGGAGGAUUACUCUCGCUCCAGCAUAGACCGCAGCCAUGCACACUCAGCCUACCAGCCCAUCUGACCUGCCCAGACCUGCCCUGACUUGGUUGUGUGACCUCACUUGACCUGACGUCGUGUUUGUCAUGGUUUUUAGGUAUCUGUUAAAAAAGAUGGGUUUGUGUUUGUUUAUUUUUUGGUUUCCUGUUUCUUUAAUGUGUGUUUGUUUGUUUGUUUGAGAGAGAGAGAGAGAGAGAGAGAGAGAGAGAGAGAGAGAGAGAGAGAGAGAGAGAGAAGGUUAGCGAUGAUUGGAAUGGAGAGAGAGAGAGAGAGAGAGAGAGAGAGAGAGAGAGGGUUAGUGAUGAUUGGAAUGGAGAGAGAGAGAGAGAGAGAGAAGAAUUGUGAUUUUUUUGAUAACUGAUUUGUGAUAAGUUGAUGCAAAUUAAAGAUAGUACAGAAUAUAUUAAUAUGAACCAAAUUAGUGAUUUUCACUGGUUAAUAUAGUGAUUUAAUUUUAUAAUACUCCGUAAAUGAGUUGUCCAUAGGCAUGUAUAGAGAGAAGUAUUUUAUGUAUAUUUAUAGAUACAUUUAUAUUUGUAUUGUGAAGAUGAGGAUCUGAUAAUUUGUAUAAUUUAUAAUAUAUGUAAUCUACAUUAUGUAUGUAAUCAAUAAAUUAUCAUUAAAUUCAAAGAAAAUAACAGAGUUUUAUUAAUGUAUGAGCAAAGGUGCGUGGUGGCAGGGCCCACACAAGGCGGCGUCAACUGGCAGGCCGUUCUCCCAGCACGGCUGCGUGUUCAACGUGCGGAGUGCUGGGAAUCAGAUGACUGUCGUGUUACAAACUACAAGUGUAAAGAGAAUAUAAACCAUUGUACUGUAUGAGAUAAAUUGUCAACUAUAAAAUUAAAGGAACUGAAAUA